CCCAUGAUUCACGGAGGCGGUGGCUCAUUUCGCUUUGCAGCCGCUGCUGUCGGGACCGCAUCUACCCGGGGCAUCUGUUGCUGCUGCUUCUUCACCGAGUCGCUCCGUCUCUGACUCGGGCUGACCGCCUGCACUCCGUCUGCCACCCCCCCCCCCCCCCUUAAACACACCCUCCUCGUGUUUAGGAUAUUUGAAUUUGCCCCAUCUCCAUCUCCCCCCCCUCCCUCAACCUAAUUCCUUCUCGAUUCCAGAGAUCCUCCCCCGUUCCGUGCACUUCCUCCUUCGCGCGCGUGCCUGGGACGUGAGGGUGCACCAAUGCAUGCGCGUGUCGAGGAGCCGACAGGAGCGAGACGAGGCGCCGGACACUGGGUGGCUGGCGCUGGUGGUGGGCAAGGAGACACGUGUUGCGAUUAUGUUUCAUAAUGUACGUUAACUCUUCUCUAUUCUAAUAUAUAUAAUUACUUUGCUCGUUCCUAGGUUAUAAAUAGCGUUUUGAUAGUAGGCGUAUUGCGUUUAAGCAAUCUCGGAUUAUUCGGUUAAGUAUAUGAAGUGAAAUUCAUAACGUUUUGAAUUAUAUUUUACAAAGGACGCUUCGGUAACAAAAACAUAAUUGCAGCGGAAAUAUUACAAAAGAGGAACCUUGAAAUUGAGUUGAAUGAACAAUCGCUUGAUAACCAGGUCGUAAUAAUAAUCAUAAUCUCACUUGGGAAUUAAGCUCAAGUCGCCUUGAGUCACAUCCACAUUUCUCCAUCUCUAGACAUGUGACAGCUUCCUCUGGUGGGGAGAGCAAGCGAUCCUCAGUGGGAGAGGGCGGGCGGAAACGUUGAGAUAUAUAGAGGAUAUUGAUAGAGGAGAGCUCGGGCGAGUCAUAGGGGGGGGGGGGGGUGUAAGGGUACAAGAGCGCCACACACACACCCACCCAGCGAAACCAACGAGACAAGACACACACACAAGACAGACACAGACAUCACGGUCCAAGUCUCACGGACCACGCUCGCGUGCAUGCUGUGCAUGCCACCUGGCCCCCGGUGGGGUUCCCCUUGGCCCACGGUCGUAUCGGCCAGCACGAAUGUUCACCUCGGUUUGCAUCUCUCCAUACUGCGGCCACAAGUCGGGGAACAAGUCCCCCUGCAAGUCGUGCCUGGAUGGCGACCUGGGCAGGAGCGACGAGAACGAGCGCGUGGUCAUCAACGUGGGAGGCACUCGCCACGAGACGUACCGCGGCACGCUGCGCACGCUGCCCGGCACGCGACUCUCGUGGCUCACGGAGCCGGACGCGUUCGCCAACUUCGACUACGACGCGAAGGGCAACGAGUUCUUCUUCGACCGGCACCCCACGGUGUUCGCGCACAUCCUCAACUACUACCGCACGGGCAAGCUGCAUUGCCCGUCCGAGGUGUGCGGUCCCUUGUUCGAGGAGGAGCUCAUCUUCUGGGGCAUCGACGAGACGGACGUGGAGCCGUGCUGCUGGAUGAACUACCGGCAGCACCGUGACGCCGAGGAGGCCCUCGUGAGCUUCGAGAACCCGGACAUCAACGGCAACGACGAGGUCAACGAGGACGGCGAGGUCUCCAAGAGGUUCGGGCUGGACGAGCGCAGCCCCGACGGCGGGAAGCUCGGCUUCCUGCGUCGGUGGCAGCCCAGGAUGUGGGCGCUCUUUGAGGAUCCUUAUUCUUCCAGAGCGGCCAGGAUCGUCGCACUGGCCUCACUCCUGUUCAUUUUAAUUUCCAUCACGACGUUCUGCCUUGAGACGCACGAAGCAUUCAACACGGUACUGAACAAGACGGAAAAUUACACCAUCAACAACGUGACGACCCAAAAGGUGUACGUCGAUGUUGAGACCGACCCCGUGCUCAUGUACGUGGAGGGCGUGUGCGUCGCGUGGUUCUCCUUCGAGUUCCUCGUACGAAUAAUUUGCUGCCCCGACAAGAAGGUGUUCAUCAAGAACUACCUGAACGUCAUCGACUUUGUGGCCAUCCUGCCAUUCUACCUGGAGGUGGGGCUCAGCAGCCUGACCUCGAAGCCGGCGCGCGACGUCCUCGGCUUCCUGCGUGUCGUCCGCUUCGUGCGGAUCCUGCGCAUCUUCAAGCUGACGCGACACUUCGUGGGCCUGCGCGUGCUGGGCCACACGCUCCGCGCGAGCACCAACGAGUUCCUGCUGCUCAUCAUCUUCCUGGCGCUGGGCGUGCUCAUCUUCGCCACCAUGAUCUUCUACGCGGAGCGCUUCGGCGCCAACCCCAACGACCCGACGGCGAGCGACCACACGAGCUUCAAGAACAUCCCCAUCGGCUUCUGGUGGGCCGUGGUGACGAUGACGACGCUGGGCUACGGAGACAUGUACCCCCAGACGUGGUCGGGCAUGCUGGUGGGGGCACUGUGCGCGCUGGCGGGGGUGCUCACCAUCGCCAUGCCCGUGCCCGUCAUCGUCAACAACUUCAGCAUGUACUACUCGCUGGCCAUGGCCAAGCAGAAGCUGCCAAAGAAAAAGAAGAAGCACAUUCCCCGGCCACCACAGGUCGGGUCCCCGCAUUUUUGCAAGUCGGACAUGAACUCCUCGAGUCACAGCACGCAGAGCGACACCUGCCCCCUCGCUAAAGAGGAGAUUUCAGAGCUUAAUAGAAAAGGUUACGAAAAGUCACGAAGCUUGAACAACAUUACUGGCCUGGCUGGGAACCCCCUGGGCAUCUCUCCCCUCAGCUCGCCCUACACCUCUCCGUGCCCACUGCGACGGUCACGCUCCCCCAUCCCGACCAUAAUCUGAAGGUAUCGUCACUCCACGUUCGCCAACUCGCGAUCCCGGACAGGCAUGGUGAAGGGGGCGGGGGGGGGAGGAAUUGCCACCACCACCACCAUCAUCACCAAUGUAAGAGCUCCGACGUAACGUCUCAGCAUGUACAGUAAGAUGAAUUAACGGAAAUAGCUGUGUAUAACGAAUUUAACUUAUUUUUUCAGAAAAUCCGCUAUUUUAAACGGUGUAAAGGGAGACUCAAGGUGUCCGAGAUAAGCCAGGGUAUGUCUAACUGUGUUUCAUUUUAUUAAGCAUUUUUAUUUCGAGGGUACGGAAUGGAUGAAAUGUUUGUACUUUUGCGUGCCGAUGCUGGGGAGUAGGCAGCCGUUUGUAGCACAAGGCUUUUAAAGGUCAACCUUGACAUGUGUUCCCAUGAAUGUAUUAAGCAAGUCUUGCCGUGAUCACCAAAGAAUGGAGACCACACAUUUGAAGACACUGUCCGCGGGAUUGGAGCUACUAUGUAACUGCUUGGAUAUGUGUUUUUGCAAGAGAAGCAAUUGAAUAGGACUGCCCUGCCAUGUUAAAUCAGGUGGUUGGAGGAAUGCGUACAGACACAAGGAAGGGUCGAAAAUGUAUGUUGACAUUAAGGGCCCCAUGGUGGCGAGAUGUUAACUACCUCGCCUGGUAUACAGGAGGCCAUAGGUUCGAUCCCGACCCUGACGCCUGUUGUAUAUUUGGAGUUUUAGGUGUUCUCCCCGUGGUCGCGUGGAUCUUU